UCUCCCUCCUUCCACGGCUAUUUCAUUUUCCCCACAAGAAACUCUCCUUCACAAGAACGCAUUGCUCUGUUCACCUGAUCACUACCGUGAAAGCCUGCAUCGCGCUCUCUCUCUCUCGCUCUCCUGUUCUAUUUCUUGCUUUAUUUGUGCGUUUUGAAACAGCAAUGGCGGAAACUAAAGACGCCCACGUCGUGGUAAUCUCCACGGGCGACGAAGACCACCUUCAAGAAACUCUCAUAUCUUCGGCCCACCAUCCUCUCCAAGAAAUCUCCGAGAGCCCGGGCCACCUCUUGCUUCUAAAACUGUGGCAGAGAGAGGAGGACCUAUUCGCCCGCCGGAUCACGACCAAGGAGACGCGGAUCGACAACAUCCGGCGGGAGGUCUUCCAACUGUGCUGCUUUUUCUUCGCGUUCCAUGGCUUCUUCCUAACCCUUCUCUUUGUGUCCUCGAAUAAUUUUAACGAGAAUUCCUGUAGAAAAUGGUGGGUGCCCUGUUUUUUGUAUCUGGUAACCUCGGUCGUCAUGAUUCUUUGUGUUCAGUACAAGGUGUAUAGGUAUAUGAAGAUGUCGGCCCGCUUGCAGAAGGAGCGUGGCGAUAGCAGGGCAUUGAGUAGAUGCAUUCAGGAAUUGAGGAUGAAGGGGGCGAGUUUUGAUUUAUCCAAGGAGCCACUGAGUAACGUUAGAAGGAUUAAAAGUUCGAGUGUCGAAGUCAAAUUGACUCCUCUUAGAUGGUGUUCUCAGAAUCUUGUUACGAUCUGUUUAAUUUGUGUCACUGGUCUUGUUUUUCCUGCUAGCAGAUAUAUAUUAUGCAGUUAAUCUCAAAGUUCUUUUUGUUAUUCUCCUAAGAAUUCAUGUCAGGAUUUAUACUGGCGCAUUUCUCCCCUUCUUUCUUGUGCAUUUGGGCAAGAGUUAGCUCUUGAAAACAUCUGCCUGCUUGACUGCCUUGGACCAUUUGCUCCGAAAAUUGGCCUUGGUGUGAUAGAAAGUACUUUGGCUGGGCACUGAACUCUUUGAAAAAGGAGGUUUAAAUGCUCCUGGGGUUUGCCCCCUCUUUCCUCUUUUGUUGUUGUCUUAUAAUGUAUAAACCUUGCUCCACAAAAUGUCUGGAGAAACCACGCAGAUACGGCUCAAAGGUAAGUCUUCCCUUUUCCUGUUCAAACUAUCGUUUUCAUAGGUCUCUCCUUGUUGGCACUUAGUCUGUUGGUGUUGUUAUUUUUUCUCUUUCUUUUCCCCGUUGCACUUGCCAUACCAAUCACAACACCAAAUAUGAAAGAAGAAAGUGGCGGGUGCUGAGGAGAAGGGAAGACGGGAGAACCGGGUGAAGAAGUUUCUGAAGGCACGGCAAUUCUCAAAACUUAUUCCCCUUCAGCCAAGGAAGAUAAUGUGAAAAAGCUUUGGAGUUGUGUUCACCAUAACUCGAAACUCCUUUUCAAAGUUUUUCAGAUAAACAAGGAUCUCUCUUGUACGGGGAGGGGCCAAGUGCUAGAGAAUUUGAACUUCUGUCUACCUGUGAAGUUGCAGGCUUGGUUGCAGCUGUCAUCAUCAUGGCACGCUUCGUGCUUCUGUGUCGUCAAAUUCGGCCGUCUCUACUCGUGCGAGCAGCGAAGGUUGCAGCUGCCAGACCAUUAUAUCGUGAUCUGUGUUGCCGUUCCUUAUGCUUCUGUAAAGUAAAAUAAAACGUCAAUCUCCCUCUUCCCAUCUUAUUGUACUAGUUUUUUCUGUUGAAUGAACACGAAUAAGCAUUUAUGGUUA